AUGGGGAAGGAGAAGAUCCACAUCAACAUUGUGGUCAUUGGCCACGUGGACUCGGGCAAGUCCACCACCACUGGCCACCUCAUCUACAAGUGCGGCGGCAUCGACAAGCGAACCAUCGAGAAGUUUGAGAAGGAGGCAGCCGAGAUGGGCAAGGGGUCCUUCAAGUAUGCCUGGGUCCUGGACAAACUGAAGGCUGAGAGGGAGAGGGGUAUCACUAUUGACAUCUCCCUCUGGAAGUUUGAGACCAACAAGUAUUACAUCACCAUCAUCGACGCUCCUGGCCACAGGGAUUUCAUCAAGAACAUGAUCACAGGGACCUCACAGGCAGACUGUGCCGUGUUGAUAGUGGCUGCAGGCGUGGGCGAGUUCGAGGCCGGUAUCUCCAAGAACGGGCAGACGCGUGAGCACGCCCUGCUGGCCUACACGCUGGGCGUCAAACAGCUGAUCGUGGCGGUGAACAAGAUGGACUCCACAGAGCCACCCUACAGCGAGAAGCGCUAUGAGGAGAUUGUCAAGGAGGUUAGCGCCUACAUCAAGAAGAUCGGCUACAGCCCCGCCGGAGUGCCAUUCGUGCCCAUCUCGGGCUGGCACGGAGACAACAUGCUGGAGUCGUCCUCCAAUAUGCCUUGGUUCAAAGGCUGGAAGCUGGACAGGAAGGAGCACCAUGCGAAUGGCGUGACCUUGCUGGAGGCCCUGGACACCAUCAUGCCCCCCUCGCGCCCCACAGACAAACCCCUGCGGCUGCCCCUGCAGGAUGUCUACAAGAUAGGCGGUAUCGGCACUGUGCCAGUGGGUCGCGUGGAGACGGGCGUCCUGAAGCCUGGCAUGGUGGUGACCUUUGCCCCCGUCAACAUCACCACGGAGGUCAAGUCUGUGGAGAUGCACCACGAGACACUGAGCGAGGCGUUGCCUGGUGACAACGUGGGCUUUAACGUUAAGAAUGUAUCCGUCAAGGAUAUUCGCCGUGGCAACGUGUGUGGAGACAGUAAGGUGGACCCCCCUCAGGAGGCCUCUGGAUUUACUGCCCAGGUGAUCAUCUUGAACCACCCGGGCCAAAUCAGCGCUGGCUACUCCCCGGUCAUCGACUGCCAUACGGCGCACAUUGCCUGCAAGUUCGCCGAGCUGCGUGAAAAGAUCGACCGGCGCUCGGGCAAGAAGCUGGAGGUGAACCCUAAGACCCUCAAGUCUGGUGACGCCGCCAUCGUGGAGAUGAUGCCCGGCAAGCCCAUGUGUGUGGAGAGCUUCUCACAGUACCCACCCCUGGGCCGAUUUGCUGUGAGAGACAUGCGUCAGACAGUGGCUGUAGGCGUCAUCAAGGACGUGGAGAAGAAGGUUGGAGGCUCGGGAAGGGUGACCAAGUCGGCCCAGAAAGCUCAGAAAGGAAAGUGA